AUUUUUAGAAGACGAUUAUGAAGAUAACUAGCGGAUCGGGAUCCCAAACUGAGAAUAUUAAUAGCACAACGUACAUUCAGAUCCCUUGAUGCCACCCGUUCCCAAGAUCGCCAUAAUUGAGAAAAAAUCGCCUGUGGACAUGGAGUAGACAGCUAGAACGAAAAAAAUGAAGGAAUGCAAAAUUUGCUUGUGGCAGCCGCAUAAGAUCAUGAUCAUCAGCGCAGUCACAUGCGGGGGGAGCUUUGAUCUUUUCCAUCACAAACCGUCUUUUUGUAUCCGUUCACGUGUCGUGCGAGAUUUCUUACUCAUUGGCACCCGCCUUAAAAUAAAGGACGAGUACAUGAGGUUCCAUUGUGCCAAGAACUUCCUACUUGCAUCUUGUGUACGUUGUGCUCGACGUUGCGCUAAGCAUUAAUUAUCAAUGCCAGUUUUUCAAAUUUGGUGUGGAUUUUAAUUUUUUGGCUUCUACCACUCUAGAGUCUAGAUGGUUUAUUCUCGAAAUUUCGAGAUCUUCUGCUUUUUAUUGUUUGAUUCACAGCAGUGACAGAGACUUUGGUACGCCAGGAAGCUCCUUUCAAUCUAUGAGUAUUUGAGCCUUAUCUCUUACAUAUUCUUGCACUACAUCGACCUCUCGCUCUCCGAACGAGCAGCAUGAACUCCCCGCGUCCGCUCCCGCUUGCAUCACCGAAGCAGGGCACGGCCGCUCGCCCAGAUGUGGAUGAGGAUGAAGAUGAUGCUCUUGCGCAACGACAUCAAGGACCCUGUAAGCACCGGUCGUCCUCCGGCCGCACAGCUUGUUCCCCGCGCUCGUCCACGGCAGCAGGUAGAAGUUCUACUUCCGGCGGACGAGGAGCUGCAGCAAGAACCAGUGGGGCCGCGACGACCUCGUCCGCGACAACUUCCUCCGCGGUACUAGCUGCAAAUCCAAAUUAUAAGUCGAAACUUUGCGUGAUCAAGAUCGGCACCAGUUCGCUGCUGACCGAUGAUGCGCGACUGAAGCUUCCCGCGAUCGGGCGACUGAUUGAGACCAUCAUGCGGCUCCGCCGCGACGGCCACCGCGUUGUGCUGGUCAGCUCGGGGGCCCAGGGCUGCGGGCGGAUCAAGCUGCAGCUCGCGGAAAAGCCCACGACGGUGUCGGGCAAGCAGGCGGUUGCGGCGGCGGGGCAGAGCUACCUGAUGCGGAUCUACGAGGACCUGUUCGACGUGGCUAGCGCGGGCAAGCAGAAGGUCGCCCAGCUGCUGAUCACCCGCCGGGACUUCAGCGCUUUUUCGACCUUCGAGAACAUCCGCAACACGGUGUUCGAGCUGCUACGGUACAACGUGAUUCCCAUUCUCAACGAAAACGACAGCGUCCACCCAACCACCGGGCUGCACGAAAAGUUCGGCGACAACGACCAGUUGGCCGCAUUGACGGCCGUGAAUCUGGAGGCCGACUGGCUCUUUUUGUUGACGGACGUGGACUACGUAUACACGUGCAACCCGGGAUUGUACCCCGACCUAGCAAAGCCCAUCCGCGAAGUGCGGACGAUGCAGGACCUGGCCCCGGUGGAGACGGUGACGAAGGUGGAAGGAACUUCUUGCAGUGCCGCGACAACGGCCGCGACUGCGAGACCCUCCUCGCCGACCCUUGCACCUGUUGCUCCUGCUCCCCCGUCGCAGCCCUCGUCCACCGGGGCGGUGGGUGCAGGACCACCCGGAACCGCGCCCAGUAGCGGAAAGUGGGGAACCGGAGGGAUGGAAACCAAGCUAGUGGCUGCGAAGAUGGCAGCAGUGGCCGGGAUUCAGUGCGUCCUCGUAAACGGGGCGGAACCGGAACGCAUUCUCGACUUCCUGUCGGAAUACAACGACCAUUCUAACAAGCAGCCGACAACAACAACUAGUGCAAGCAGGGGCCAGGGUGUUUCUUCAAGAAAAGAAAAUACAGUACAACCAGAGCAGCAACCAGCGGAACAACAUCUUCAAGUGCCAGGGUUCCCGACAGUUGCAGUUCAACACCAGAAGGAGCCAGGUCGAGAAACCGGUGAGCAGGCAUCAAACGAGCAGCAUCACGCAGCGGAGACUGACACAACUACAAACAGAAUAUUGAACAACGGUUGUAAAAACCAAGAACAAGUCGAAGGAGCCAGAAAUGCGAAAAAGAGGGCCUUGAUUGGCACGUUUUUCCACGCUAUGCCGAGCGCCUCCACGCUGAAGUAUCAGCGACGUUGGAUUCUAGCACUCCCUGCAAAGGGCAAGCUGUUUGUGAACCCCGGCGCCUUUCAGGCGCUGCAAAACAAGAAGUCGCUUCUUGCUGUGGGCAUUGUCGCGGUAGAGGGUGAUUUUCUGUGCGGCGAUUGCGUGCAGAUCUAUCUCGUCCGCGAUACUCUCCCUGGCACGACCGCUGGUGGUGCAACGGAAAUGAUCCACGCACAUAGGUACGGCGAACAAGAACGCUCACAAGCAGGCGUGAGGCCCGUGGUGCGCGAGCUGCAACGCGCACCACUAGUAGAAGUUGAUGCACAACACGACAUCAAUAAAGCCGGCACUGGCAGUGACCGCGCGGUGACGAAUCACUUACUGAAUUUGCAGGAUGUGGCAGACGAUGUAUCAGAGCGCGACGUUGAAGUCGAAGUGCAACUACCCGCUCAAAUAAACCCGAACAUCAGCACGUCGAAGAACGCGAACGAUGGAGCGGAAACCGUACAAGAACUUCUUGUGGCCACUAAUUCUAGCUCUGCGGCCGCGACCGUCGUCUCUGCCAGCACGUCCGUGAGAGGUGUGUCGGCAUCUGCGGAAGGAUCGCAGCGGAUGUCUGGCGCUAGUGCCCGGCCGAUCCCGUCCGCGUGGACAGCCGGUGGAGCCCUUCCUCCCCCUGCUGCAGCGCUUACGAAAAAUCGAGCGGCGCGUGGUCGGUCGGCAGAUGACCUACUGGCCGUGGAAAAAAAACAAGCGCAACACCUGGAAUUAAUCACUGGCGCUACGCUCGUGGCCCAGGGAAUCGUCGAGUUUACUACGGAAGAGAUGCUCAAGAUUCGCGGACUCCGCUCUACCUGCUUUCAAGAGAAGCUCGGCUAUGUCGCGGAGCCCGAAGUGGCGCACCGUGAUAACAUCAUCCUCCUCCAUCAGUAGGGCUGAAGGAGACGAGCAGGAGGAGGUGCAAGUUGAUUUAUCCCACCGGAUUCGUGCGUUUUUGCGGCCUUUGAUGUCUUGAAAAAUUUGGAGUCAGAUGACUCCUCCUGACGCCGGAUCAAUCUCUUUAGUUUUCAUGUGUAUAUGAAAUUGAAAAUUCAAGUUCGAUGAUCAUGACUUAGAUUUUCCACGCAAAGGCUAAGAAUAAUCCGAAAUGAGACCCAAAGGAACCUCAACAUUGCGCGUUUCUUUCAUGGAACCUGAAAUGAUGAAAAGAUAGAUGUUUUUCCCACACUUUAUUUCUCAUAUGAGUGCACCCCGCUCAUUCGUGAAGACAAGAGGAGUAUGAAUGCAGGAGGUUUUUCCACCCGCCGUGGUUGUACCAUCACAUUGACAUUCCCCAUUAACCGGCAUGGCUAAGGUACAGUUGAACGAAAAAUGGUAAUGGGAUAAAAUUC